UCCUCAUCACUAACUAAUUCCUUAUAAGAUUAGAACAACUUUAUGCAGCCUUUUUAAAUCAAACUACUUAAUUUCUCUCCUCUAUAUAUAUCACACCACGGUUUUCAUAUAAUUUCUCACUCUUUGUAUUAUUCUAGCCGUUAUUUUUUUUAUCAGUUUGCUGUGUUUUUAUCGGAAUCAUGAACAAAUUUCUAUUCAUUUUCUUCUGUUUUCUUCUAAUUAUACUACCUAAUCUCGUUCUUGGCGAAUGCACUUGCGAUUCUGAUGAUUUACAAGACCGAGAUAAAUCCACAGCUCUCAAAUACAAACUUGUUGCUACAGCUACAAUUCUGAUCGCGGGUGCAAUUGGUGUUUGUCUCCCGAUGCUAGGUAAAAUUAUUCCGGCUCUAAAGCCCGAAAAUAAUAUUUUCUUUAUAAUCAAGUCAUAUGCGGCUGGUGUCAUUUUAGCAACGGGGUUUGUCCAUAUACUUCCAGACGCAUUUGAGAACUUGACGUCCCCCUGUCUUGGUGAAAAUCCUUGGGGGAAGUUUCCAUUUUCGGGGUUUAUCGCGAUGGUGUCUGCUAUCGGAACUUUGAUGGUCGAUACUUGUGCUACGUCGUAUUUUAGCAAAAAGAAAUUAUCUGCAGCCCCUACUACUGGAGAUGAAGAAAAAGUUUGUGAAGACGUUGGUGUUCAUACUCAUGCAACUCAUGGACAUGCUCAUCCUGCAGUUUUGGCGGACAAUGCUAGUACAUCUGACUUACUUCGACAUCGAGUUAUUUCUCAGGUUUUGGAGCUGGGGAUUGUAGUGCACUCGGUAAUAAUUGGAAUUUCAUUAGGUGCAUCUGAAAGUCCAAACACAAUAAGGCCAUUGAUUGCUGCAUUAACCUUCCAUCAGUUCUUUGAGGGCAUGGGACUUGGUGGCUGCAUUUCUCAGGCCAAGUUUAAGGCAAGGGCGACAGCUUUGAUGGUAUUAUUUUUCUCAUUGACAACUCCAAUUGGGAUUGGAAUAGGCAUAGGGAUAACAAAUGUUUACAAUGAGAGUAGCCCAACUGCACUAAUUGUUGAAGGAGUGUUUAAUUCAGCAGCAGCUGGGAUUUUAGUGUACAUGGCUUUGGUGGAUCUUCUUGCUGCUGAUUUCAUGAACCCUAAAGUUCAAGCCAGUUCUAAACUUCAGCUUGGUGUUAAUAUUUCUCUUCUUCUUGGAGCUGGUUGCAUGUCUCUCUUGGCCAAAUGGGCUUAAUUUUCUUCGUUUAUUUAGGGUUUUCUCAUUCUCAUUUAUUAGUUUAUAAGUAAGUUACUAUUAGUUUAGUUUUUUUUCCUUUUUUUUUUUUGCGUUGAUGUAAAGAUAGUUAAUCAUUCCAUGAGCUACUCUUCAGUUAAUAGGAGACAAAUCAAAUUAGUUGAGUUGAUAUCUAAUGGGAAAAGGUAACUGUGGUUUUAAUUAGUUUUCU